AUGUUAGCCAUACAAAAGGCGAAGGCUCCAGUCGAUAAACUGAAACUUGGAGGAGAUAUUCUAAAAAACAUGUUCGCGCCUGAAUUACCGGCUGUAGCUGAAUUUUCUACCGGGGAAACUAUGGGACAUAGUGGAGAUCGUCUUGCUGCUGCAUUCAAUGUUUCAAGAAAGGAGCAAGACGAAUUCGCUCUUCGAUCGCACAAGCUAGCGAAAGCGGCGACAGAAGCUGGUAAACUUAAGGACAUCGUUCCCGUGUUUUUGGAUGGAAAAAAGCCCCAAACAAUCAAAACUGAUAACGGUAUCCGUGUAUCAACACCUGAGAAAAUGGCUGCAUUGAAACCUGCUUUUGUGAAGCCCCAUGGAACCAUCACUGCAGCCAACGCUUCCUUCCUAACCGAUGGCGCCUCAGCUUGCCUCAUUAUGACGGAAGACUAUGCCUUGGCUAACGGUUAUAAGCCUAUGGCUUACUUGCGGCAAUAUCAGUAUGUUGCUCAAGAUCCGAAAGAUCAACUGCUUCUUUCACCCGCUUAUGUUAUUCCCAAGCUGUUGGAUAGGACUGGCCUUACGUUGAAAGAUGUGGACGUCUUCGAAAUUCAUGAAGCCUUUGCUGGACAAGUACUUGCAAACUUGAAUGCCCUCGACUCGGACUAUUUCUGCAGGGAACAUAUGGGCCGCUCUUCCAAAUUUGGACGUUUACCUAUGGAAAAAAUCAACAACUGGGGUGGAUCCCUCUCUAUUGGACAUCCAUUCGGAGCUACAGGUGUACGGCUUGCUGCUCAUGCUGCCGGUAGACUGAAGGAGGAAAAAGGACAAUAUGCUGUAAUAGCUGCCUGUGCAGCUGGAGGACAUGGAGUAGGAAUGCUUGUUGAGGCCUAUAACAAGUAG